CAUUUGAUUAACUCAUGACACCAUUCAUUUUCCCGAUGGCAGGCUAAUCACUACCAGUUUUUGACAAGGAAAUGAUUUCAUGGUCACAAUAUCUGAACACCUCCUACAGUUUCUGACAAGUUAUUUCAUCCAACCUUUGCACGGUUAACGACAAUCGCUCCUCACGACAGCAGCGCUUGAGCAAGACAAUUAUUUGGAAAAACGCAUACUUCACGAAGGGAAUAAGGACCGUUUCAAAGACGAAGAGCAACUCAAGCACACUAGGAAGUGAACUAACUCGUACGGACAGAGACACGCGUUUCUCUAACUUUACCGAAUAUAUCAUUUUGAAUGUUCACUUUUUCUGCUGCACAAGGUCAUAGGUGAUAUAAAGAAGUUGGGUGAUGAGAUGCCAUCUGAAAAAAUCCAUCCUGUUCGCAGCUGGUCUUUUCAUUUUGACCAGCUUCUACAUCUACAUGCAGAGAGCAGAAUCGGGACAUCUCAAGGGUUCACUGACCUGGAUUUGGGAUAGAGAGACUUGGGUUGAAGAUCUUAAGAGCCAUUACCUGCAUUUCAAUGUUUCUAUUAAAGUUCUGGCAGGAGUCCUCCAGCAGUCCAAGAAGUACCUUACGGUGGGCCUCUCGUCUGUGAAGAGGGAAAAGGGCAGUUAUCUUCAGAACACUCUUCAGUCAAUCUUCUCCGAGUCCUCAGAGGAAGAGCUGGAUCAAAUGGUGGUCGUCGUCCUUCUCGCUGACUUUGAUGUGAGCUGGAUCCGGGAGACCUUACAGAAAAUUACACAUCAGUUCCACCUGCAGCUGUCGAAGGGUCAACUGCUGGUUAUCCACGUCAAUGAAGAUAACUAUCCUCCCCUUACUGGACUGAAGAGGAACUUCAAUGAUGCUCCCGACCGUGUGUCCUUCCGUUCGAAGCAAAAUGUGGACUACUCCUAUUUGCUCCAUUUUAGCAGUAACCUCUCCCAAUACUAUAUCAUGCUGGAGGAUGACGUGAGCUGUUCAAAGAACUUUUUCUCCAGUAUUCGUGAGCACAUCCGUUCGAUGAACUCGAAGUGGGUCACACUGGAAUUCUCCAAGUUGGGCUACAUCGGAAAACUCUACCAAUCCAAAGAUCUGCCCAUUCUGGCCCGUUUCCUUUAUAAUUUCUACCAAGAGAUGCCCUGCGACUUCCUGCUGUCGCAUUUUCACAGAUUGUUAAUGCAGGAUAAAGUCAUUCGUUUCCGCCCAUCUCUGUUUCAGCACAUGGGCACUUACUCGUCAUUUAGGGGGACGUACAAUCGCCUAAAGGACGAGGACUUUGUCAAAGAAGUUGCUGAUAACCCUCCAGCAGACAUUCGCACAAACAUUGAGAAUUAUAAGACCAAUGUAGCCGAAAAGGCUUACAGCCAAGGUUCAGGCUAUUUCUGGGGUGUGUCCCCUAUUGACCCAGCAAACUACUUUUUAGUGAUCUUUCGUAAACCUGUUCUCAUCUCUCGUGUGUACAUACGAACAGGAUUAGAAGGAAAAGAUGAGCUGAUCUCUGCUGAUGUGGAACUUGGAAAAACUCUGGUGAAAACGGAGUCGGGGGUGGACUGCUCGGGAUUUCACACACUGGGUUCUCUUCAGAAAGGCCAGUUUAAUGAACCAGAUGUCCAGAAACUUGUGCCGGAACCCGUGGCAUGUUUACGAAUCCAAGUCACAGCAUCCCAAAUGGAAUGGGUUAUCAUAAAUAAGAUCCAUGUCUGGACUGUUAAAGCUGGCAAAACUAUGAGAAAUGUUUCUAAAGCUGUGCUGCGACAGAAAUGAAUUCUUUAUCAUCAUUGACGAAGAUUUGAAUCUUUAAAAUAGACAAUCUGUGUGUGAGGAUCAGGGAUAUUAUUAUAACCCAAACUAAAACCAUUAAAAAAAAAACUUUUUGUAAAAUCUGUUAACUGGAAAAAAAAAAGCUUUAUUUUGGUUAGUUGCCAAGGCAAAAUUUCUUAUUUUCCUAUAGUAACUUGAAAUAAAACUAAAAUAAAAAUACACAACAAAACUACUAAAUAUUUAACUGAAAUGAAAAUGGAAAAUAUAAACAAAAUAUAAUUCAAAAUUUCAAUAAAAACUAUAAUAAUUGUCUUUAUGC